UCCCUGCCCACUCUGGUCUGGGGGGGCAUUUUGGGGGUCAAAGGGCACGUAACCAACCUGGGUCUGUCCCCGGCCGCGGGGCAGAGUACUGCAUGGCGCCCCAGGUGACCGGGCCCUGCCGCGCCGCCUUCCCGCGCUGGUACCACGACCCCGUCACGCACGCCUGCCGCCGGUUCACCUACGGGGGCUGCCGCGGGAACAAGAACAACCACCUGAAGGAGGAGAUCUGCCUCAGCCGCUGCCGCUGGGCCCCAGAGCCCGAGACCUCGGAGGAGCCCCCGGGCGCUGGCAGGAGAGUGGUGCAGCCCCCGGGC